UGUUUAAGUUGUGCGUUGGUUCUCCCGCUGAUGUGUGCGUCUCUCUGGUGGGCGACAGUCGACGGGCAGAUUCGGUACACCGUAGCAGAGGAGUCCAAAAAGGGCUCGGUCGUGGGGAACCUCGCCAAAGACUUGGGCUUGAGUUUGGCUGACAUAUCGAGCCGUAAAGUGCGGAUCGCCUCCGAGGCUGCUGAGCGCUUCUUCAGCGUGGAUCUGGGGAGAGGAGAGCUGGUGGUGGAGGAGAGGAUAGACAGAGAGGCUGUGUGCGGGCAGAGCGGCAGCUGCGCGCUUCCGCUAGAGGUGAUCGCAGACUCUCCGUGGCAGCUGCACCGGGUGGUCGUGGAAAUUCAGGACAUAAAUGACAACGCCCCGAGUUUCCCCACCAAGGAGAUGGUGCUGAAAGUGGCCGAGCACGCCGUGACUGGAACGCGCUUUCCUCUCGAGAGCGCGCAGGAUCCAGACGUCGGCAGUAAUGCAGUUCGCUCUUACACUUUAAAUAACAACGAAUAUUUUUCUGUCGCUACCAAGACUUUGAAAAAUGGUAGGAAGUUGCCAGAGCUUGUUUUAGCAAAACUUCUCGACAGGGAAAAACAAUCCACUCAUGAAUUGCUGUUAACGGCUGUGGAUGGGGGAAGCCCUGUUAAAUCUGGCACUGCUAAAAUCACAGUGCACGUUCUGGAUAAUAAUGAUAACGCGCCUCAGUUCACCAAACAGACAUAUGAGUCUGCCAUAAGCGAGAACAGCCCACCGGGGACUGUUAUUGUGGAGCUCAAAGCUGUAGAUUUAGAUGAAGGCUCAAAUGGGCAAAUCCGCUAUUUAUUUGGUGAACGUACUGGUGAUGACGUAUUACAUAUUUUCGACUUAAAUUCAGAAACAGGCUUAUUAACACUGAAGGGGUCACUCGAUUAUGAAGAGGUUUCAUCCUAUGAAAUUGAUGUAGUGGCUAAGGAUGGGGGCAGUCCUGAAAUGGAGGGGCAUUGCAGCGUCCAGAUAAAUCUGAUUGACGCCAAUGACAACAGACCAGAGAUCAUUAUUAAAUCCCUGGCUGAUAGAGUACCUGAGGAUUCCCCCAUUGGUACAGUGGUGGGACUAAUAAAUGCUCGGGAUCUGGAUGCAAAUGAAAAUGGAAAGGUCAGCCUACAGGUAAUCAGCAAUACACCAUUUAAGUUAAAGCCUAGCUUUGAAAACCACUAUGAAUUAGCUACGACAGCUCGCCUGGACCGCGAGAAAAAUGUAAAUUAUAAUGUAGAAAUCAGUGCCACAGACUCAGGCGACCCUCCUCUCUCCACUAAGAAAACAGUGGUAAUUAAUGUUCAAGAUGUCAAUGAUAACCCUCCAGUGUUCUCUCAGCCCUCAUACACAGUGUAUGUUGAAGAGAACUUCCCAGCUGGAAGAAUCAUAUGUUCAGUAUCGGCCUCUGAUGCUGACCUGGGUGAGAAUGCGAAGAUCUCUUACUCCAUCUUAGCCUCUAAAGUUCAAGAUGUGUCUGUUUCUUCCUAUGUGUACAUUAACUCAGAUAACGGCAGCAUCUAUAGCAUGUACUCGUUUGACUAUGAGAACUUGAAGGUGUUUCAGAUCCAGGUGCAGGCCAAAGAUCAUGGCUCUCCAUCUCUGAGCAGCAACGCCACAGUUCAUGUGUUCAUCCUGGACCAGAAUGACAACGUCCCUGCUGUUAUCUACCCCUCUGUAGCCUCUAACUAUAAGAUGCCUCGCUCCGCUAAAGCAGGCCACCUGCUUACCAAGGUAACUGCAGUGGAUGCAGACUCAGGCCACAACGCCUGGAUCUCCUACAAGUUGCUGGAGGCUACAGAUGCCUCUCUGUUCAGUGUGAAUACUUACACAGGUGAGGUGAGAACUAAACAUGCAGUUUCAGAGCAUGAUGACUCACCCCAGAGGGUUCUCAUAGAGAUAAAGGAUAAUGGUGAUCCAGUGCGGUCUUCUACCAUCACGCUAAACAUAGUGUUGGAGGACAGCCUCCAUGAACCUGUUUUAGACCUCCAACACAAAGCUCCAGAGCCCAUCAGUAGAAACGACCGCAUCACAUUUUACUUGAUCGUUUCUCUGGCCUCUGUGUCUCUGCUGUCUCUGGUGACAUUCGUCAUCUUAGUGAUGAAGUGUGCAAGAAACAGCAGAGGCAGCUGCCUGAGACGGACUGACUCUGACAGCUACAAAAAUCCCACUCGAAACCUGCAAAUCCAGCUGAACACAGAUGGGCCUAUAAAGUACGUGGAGGUUCUGGGAGGGGAUAUGUUGUCCCAGAGCCAGUCCUUCAGGUCAUGUCUCUCUCCAAUGUCAGAGUUCAGUGAUUUUACCCUCAUUAAGCCCAGCAGCACUUUUGACUUUAAGGACAUGAUCAGCGUGCUGGAUGCGUCUCUACCGGACAGCACCUGGACCUUUGAGAGUCAGCAGGUGAGCUGA